AUGGCUCAAAGGCACAACUCAUGGGCGCCUUCGCCCUCGUCGUAUGGCCCGCCACGGCCAGCCAUGGACGGGCAUUACGCCUACGAACCCGAACCAAUGCGACUGCCACCUCCAAUGCACUCAAAUUCGCAGCCGAGGCCCGUCGCACAGCAGCAGCCCGAAUAUCACCAAAACGACUACCACCAAGCCCCCUACUACCGCAGUGAUUAUCAGCAUCAGCGAGAGUACCACCAACCCCCCUCGCCCAGCUACCAUCAGCCGCCGCAGUACCAACACUACCAACAGACACAGCUUACCGAUCCGUACAGAGCAGCUCCCAUGCCUCGCUAUCCCCAAGAGUCGCCACGCGAAUCACCAACAUUGUCCGCGACCAAGAGUGAGCCCUAUGACGAGUACCAGGCGGCAAGAGAAGCACAUUAUCUCAAGCGUAACCAGCCUCCACAGAUGCCACACGUGUCGCAGGGUGCCCCGCGGGUGUUGAACGAUAACUACCAGGGCGGAGGAAAGGUCGCCAUUCCAUUCACGCCGCCCAGCCUGAGAAUUCCCGCAGUGCGGUCUGGGUCCACGAUCCCGACGGCCGGAGUACCGUGGAGUGCCACGAGCCAGCAUGAAAGGGUCAAGAUUGAGGAUCUUUUGAGCGGCGGCAGCGACGAUCGAAGGAUGCUUCAGCGUGUUCCGGAACCAGAAGUCAAGGUUGUGCGAAACGAGUACGAAAUAUUUUUCCGCCAACAACCCAUGGCGGCCAGAUGCUGUGGCUACGGCGAAAGAGACAGAAGAGUCAUUGACCCGCCGCCCAUUGUCCAGCUGCGGAUAAAUAACCCCGAUCUCACGCCUGACGAGCUGUACAACAAGAUUCAUCACCCCGCCUACGUUGUUCACUGCAGUAUCUGGAACGUGGAUGGAGAAACCGACGAAACCAACAUGCCCAAUGAUGGGAUGCGGCCAGGCAAGCGGAUCAUGGGCUCGCUGGUAUCAUCGCCCUUUGUGGGCCAGGAUGAAAACGGCAAAGAAGGCUGCUUCUUCUGUUUCCCCGACAUGUCAGUCCGCACACCGGGCAGCUUCCGUCUCAAGUUUGUGUUGGUUGUGGUCGAUCCGACGCACAUGGCAAGGAAAGCUCCCAUCCGGUCAACCAUCAUGAGCGACAUAUUUGUUGUCUACAGCGCAAAGGAUUUCCCAGGCAUGCAGGCUAGCACACCUCUCACCAAGCGUCUCAAAGAGCAGGGGUGCCUUAUUUCCAUCAAAAAGGGCAACGAAAAGUCUGGAGGGAAGAACGCUCGUCGACAAGUAGACAGCGACGAUGACGAAGACGAGGAAGACAACGGUGGUGGUGGCGGCGGCGGCGGCGGCGGCGGAGCAGGAACGUCCACGACUAGGCGCAAAAAGACGAGAAAGCAGCGGUGA